AUGGGUGACGCCGGUCUGCCUCGAUCGCUCCAAGAGAGCUUGGACAACACAAAGGUCACUUAUGUCCAACUCGGUGCUUCUGGCUUGAAGGUUUCCAUCCCCAUCCUGGGAGCCAUGUCCUUUGGUCACAAAGACUGGCAACCAUGGGUUAUCGACGACGAGGCAGAAGUCGACAAACUCCUCAAGGGCGCCUACGACCGCGGCCUCAACACCUGGGAUACCGCCAACGUCUACUCGAAUGGUGAAUCCGAACGUAUGAUCGGCCGUAUCAUCAAGAAGCACAACAUCCCGCGCCAUAAGUUGAUCCUCCUCAGCAAAUGCUUCGGCACCGUCGGCGAAGAACCAAACGUCCUGCACAUCAAGUACCCCGAACAGAUCAGCAGGAGCAAAGACUACGUCAACCAGGGUGGUCUGAGCCGUGCCGCCAUCUUUAAUGCCGUCGAGGCCAGUUUGGAGAGGCUGGGCACGAGUUAUCUUGAUGUGCUGCAGAUUCACCGCUUCGAUCGGAACGUGCCGGUCGAGGAGACCAUGAAGGCCUUGCACGACCUCGUGCAGGCUGGCAAGGUUCGAUACAUUGGUGCCAGCAGCAUGUGGGCAUACCAAUUCGCCAAGAUGCAAAAUUGCGCUGAAGCCCGCGGCUGGACCAAGUUCGUGUCGAUGCAGAACCACUACUCGCUGUGCUACCGCGAGGAAGAGCGCGAGAUGAACCCAUACUGCCUCGAGACCGGCGUGGGCCUGAUCCCCUGGGCGCCGCUGUACCGCGGACUUCUGGCGCGACCGUUGGGCUCGGAAGCCACGGUGCGCGAGGAGAGCAUGAAGGGCAACCCGAUGUUCAGCGGCCUGGAUCCGGCGGACCGCGAAAUCAUCAAGCGCGUCAUGGAGCUCGCGGACAAGAAGGGCUGGAAGAUGUCGCACGUGGCCCUGGCUUGGAUCAUCCAGAAGAAGACCAUCCCCAUCGUCGGCUUCAGCAACCUGGCCCGCCUGGAAGAGGCCAUUGCCGUCAAGGGCAAGGUUUUGACCGAAGACGAGAUGAAGUAUCUCGAGGAACCCUACAAGCCUAAGGCCAUUGUUGGUCAUUCCUAA